UGAUGCAUUGUAUGUCAUGUAUACCUGGACGUCCUUAUCAGGCCAAACGGCGACCUGCGACACGACGGCGGCCGCCGUCCGGCAAGCGAAGGAGCUCGUCAACGUUUUCAGGGAAAGGUCGCGACUCGUCCCCGGGGCCGUCUCCACGAUGGAGAACAUGGACAACGCGCUGCGGCCGCCGUGUGAAGCUCCAGCCCGCGACGUCGACAUGAACGAUACCGAUGAGGAGGAGCCGCCCCGGCCCCCGGCCCCCCACCAGGAGGUGUGGGCCCUGUUUGAGACCACGUGGGCCCGCCUGUCUCAGAGGAGCUUGGAGGUGUUCAGAGUUCUGGGCUUUGACCACGACGCCACGCAGAGGCCGGUGGGGAGGGGGGGUCCUCCGCCGCCGCAGGACGCCGUGGUCUGCCUGCACGAGCUGCGGUCCGUGGUCGCCCAGCUGCUCCGAGCCUUCAGCAGGUUUAUGUACUCGUGUAUACACGGAGGUUUCACAAAAGGUUUAAAGGAGAUCGUCAACACGUGUGACCCCGGACGAGGUGCAGUACCCCUCGCCGCCACCGAGCUCCCCGGCGCCUCUCGAUCUCGUGGUUUUAGUUGUUCGGCCUUUAGCCUCAGAACUAGUGUGUUGACGGCGGGCCCCGGGCUAGAGGAAGGUCAGGCGCUGCUCAGCAUCCUCCGCUCCAAUAAGAUCGUUGACAUGGACUCCAGACUGACCACCACAGACCUUCUGGAUUGUUUCUCACGAGAAGACUACAGGGAGAAGCUGAUGACCGGAGGGAACCAGCUGACGGGCCUCAAAGAGGUUCUGGACCGUUGUAUCGGGACCACAGCAGCACCGCCCUGACUGGAUCAGAACCUGGGAGCCCAAUAAACUGAUAGACUUGAAUUAUAGACUUUUAUUUCGAUGGGAUGUCUGAUGAUGUAUUACUGCACACACACACACGACUGGAGCCACGUCCUCCAAUCAGCUUUCAGCUUCCUGCCUCCAACAAGUCAGUGACAGGGAUUCUCAUUUGACAGUUUAUUAAGUCUUGAAAAAAAAAUGUGAACAGAAAAUAUCUGAAAAUAGUUAAAUUUAUUUUUUUUCAACACUAUUUGCUUUGGAAACAGUUUGUUACAAAUAUAUAUAAAUAUAUAUCAUUUUUUAAAUCUAUAUAUUUCUUUUUUUUAAGAAAUGUAAAUAAUUACAUAACACUAAAUAUAUUUUUAAUAAAUGAGUGAAAUGUUUACAACCAAUUAAA